GGAAGGCGCGAGGGAAGCGCUCCGCCGCGGGGGCGAGCGCGCAGGCGCCUUUCUGGGAGAGCUGCGGGCGCGAAUCCCGCCGUGGCGCGGGCUGAGGGAUGGAAAAAGUAAUACAGAGCCCUUCUUACUGUUCAAGAAGAGAUCCGUUAAGCCUUAUAAUUAGCCACAAAGGACCCUAAAAUUACUUGCCUUCUUCAUCCACAGGAAGAUCUCCAUUCGGUUUGAAGAAGAAAUAUGGAGAAAUGGCACUUGAUGACAAUUGUGGUCUUAAUAGGACUAACAGUACGGUGGACAGUUUCUCUUAAUUCUUAUUCAGGUGCUGGAAAACCCCCUAUGUUUGGUGAUUAUGAAGCUCAGAGACACUGGCAAGAAAUUACUUUUAACUUACCGGUCAAACAAUGGUAUUUUAACAGUAGUGAUAACAAUUUGCAGUAUUGGGGAUUGGAUUAUCCACCUCUUACAGCCUAUCAUAGUCUUUUAUGUGCAUAUGUGGCAAAAUUCAUAAAUCCAGACUGGAUUGAACUCCAUUCAUCACGUGGAUAUGAGAGUCAGGCACAUAAGCUCUUCAUGCGUACUACAGUAUUCAUUGCUGAUUUGCUGAUUUAUAUACCUGCAGUGGUUUUAUACUGUUGUUGUUUAAAAGAAAUCUCAACCAAGAAAAAGAUUGCUAAUGCUUUAUGCAUAUUGCUGUAUCCAGGCCUUAUUCUUAUCGACUAUGGACAUUUUCAAAACAUAUAUAAUUCUGUGAGUCUUGGCUUUGCUUUGUGGGGUGUUCUUGGAGUAUCUUGUGACUGGGACCUACUAGGCUCACUGGCAUUUUGCUUAGCUAUAAAUUAUAAACAGAUGGAACUUUACCACUCCUUGCCAUUUUUUUGCUUUUUACUUGGCAAGUGUUUUAAAAAAGGCCUGAAAGGAAAGGGGUUCGUGUUGUUAAUUAAGCUAGCUUGUACAGUUGUGGCUUCCUUCAUUCUCUGCUGGCUGCCAUUCUUUACGGAAAGGGAGCAAACACUGCAAGUUCUAAGAAGACUCUUCCCAGUUGAUCGUGGAUUAUUUGAGGAUAAAGUAGCCAAUAUUUGGUGCAGCUUCAGCGUCUUUCUGAAGAUCAAGGAUAUUUUGCCACAUCACAUCCAGAUAAUAAUCAGCUUUUGUUUUACAUUUUUGAGCCUGCUUCCUGCAUGUAUAAAAUUAACACUUCAGCCCUCUCCCAAAGGAUUCAGAUUUACUCUGGUUAGCUGUGCACUGUCAUUCUUUUUAUUUUCUUUCCAAGUACAUGAAAAGUCUAUUCUCUUGGUAUCAUUACCAGUCUGCUUAGUUUUGAGUGAAAUUCCUUUUAUGUCUACUUGGUUUUUACUUGUGUCAACAUUUAGUAUGCUACCUCUUCUUCUGAAGGAUGAACUCCUAAUGCCCUCAGUUGUGACAACAAUGGCAUUUUUUAUAGCUUGUGCAAUUUCCUUUUCAAUAUUUGAAAAGACUUCUGAAGAAGAACUGCACUUGAAAUCCUUUUCCAUUUCUCUUAGGAAAUAUCUUCCAUGUUUUACAUUUCUUCCCAGAAUUAUACAAUAUUUGUUUCUUAUCUCAGUCAUCACUAUGGUACUUCUGACACUGAUAACUGUCACACUGGAACCUCCUCAGAAAUUACCGGAUUUAUUUUCUGUAUUAAUUUGUUUUGUAUCCUGCUUGAACUUCCUGUUCUUCUUGGUAUACUUUAACAUUAUAAUCAUGUGGGAUUUCAAAAAUGGAAGAAACCAGAAGAAAAUCAACUAGUUCUAUCUCCAAACAGAUGUGAAAAUAUUAACAGUGCUUAAAGUUGUUUUGAACUUUUUUGGCUACAUAUAAAUGAAAUUAUCAUUUUGAUAAUCACAAAACUAUAGGGAAAAAAUUAAUAAAAAGUCAUUGUUGUCUGUACAAAGUUAAUGUAUAUGGGGACCCAAGCCCAGUGGAGGCUUUUAUUUUCUAACUAUGGAGUGGCCACGACAUAUUGUAGUUUUAUUAUUAUUCAGUUAUCUAAAUGCUUACCCUUAAUCCCAGUGUUUAUAUUUAGGAAAUGUACUCUAUGAUUUGUUGUCUUAAAAAUUUUUUUUUGCAAAUCCAAUGAAUUUACUGGGUGAAUUAAGUCCUUCUUUUUAAAGGAAAUUACUAAUUUUGGUAUUUAAAUUUAGUUUUCCUUACAUUUUAGGAUGCAAAUAAUGUGCAUUUUCCACUCAUUAGAAAUUAUAUCUCAGGGAUUAAAUUUGUCAUGAUCUUUUUAAUUAUUGUGAGAAGGCAAUUUAAACUGCUUGGAGUUUGAACAUGUCUUAUUACAUGCUCAAAUUUGAUUUCUUUUAUAACAAAGUAGAGAUUAGACCAUGUUCUUCUUUGUUUCCAAAAAUGCUGAUUUACUUGAAUGCAAUUAAAGAGUGAAUUUUACUGAACUUAAGUGGUUGGAGUAAUUUUUUAAAAAAAUUAUUCAUAUCACUAGUUCUAAACUUCUAGGAUCAUUUUGAGUUAAAUAGUUUUAUACAAGAUAUCAUCCUUUUGAUCUUUUUUGAGUGGUUAAAGAUUACCACUUCCAUAAGCAUUGCUUCAUAUCAUGUUUCAUGUUAACUUGGCCGUUAAUAAUGUAUCAUUCUAUAGUAGGAGAAGCUCAUCUUUACUAUCAUACUCAAUUGGUAAAAAUAAUGUAUCAUAUUCAUGUUAUAGCUUCUUAUGUAAAGACUGUUCUCUCGGGAGGGCGGGGGGAAAAACGUGUUCUUUUAGUCUCUGUGAUAAGAAUAAAACAAUUAUUUUCACAUCA